AUUUUGGAGAGACAGGGGAGCGGGGGGCUCGUCUGACCAAGGGGCCCUGAAACAAGGCGCAGCGGAGUUUGAGAAACCAGCAGCUCGAGGUUCAGCUGCAGCGGCCGCAGCGGCUGAAGUUGGGGGGGGGGGGCGCGCGGGGUGGAAUCCUGGUCUUUGGCUUCUCGACUAGCUCCUGUUUCGACAGCGAACAUGUCUCGGCCUGUCAGAAAUAGGAAGGUCGUUGAUUAUUCACAGUUUCAGGAAUCUGAUGAUGCUGAUGAAGACUAUGGAAGAGAUUCGGGUCCUCCAGCUAAGAAAAUGCGAUCAUCUCCUCGAGAAGCUAAAAAUAAGAGGCGGUCUGGAAAGAAUUCACAGGAAGACAGUGAGGACUCGGAAGAAAAAGAUGUGAAGACCAAGAAGGAUGACUCUCACUCAGCAGAUGAUAGUGAAGAUGAAAAAGAAGAUCAUAAAAAUGUACGUCAGCAGCGACAGGCAGCUUCUAAAGCAGCUUCUAAGCAGAGAGAAAUGCUUUUGGAAGAUGUGGGCAGUGAGGAAGAACAAGAAGAGGAGGAUGAGGCACCAUUCCAAGAAAAAGAUUCUGGCAGUGAUGAAGACUUCCUAAUGGAAGACGAUGAUGACAGUGACUAUGGCAGUUCAAAAAAGAAAAACAAAAAGAUGGUUAAGAAAUCCAAACCUGAGCGAAAAGAAAAGAAAAUGCCCAAACCCAGGCUAAAGGCAACAGUGACGCCAAGUCCAGUGAAAGGCAAAGGGAAAGUGGGUCGUCCCACAGCUUCAAAGGCAUCAAAGGAAAAGACUCCUUCCCCCAAAGAAGACGAUGAGGAACCAGAAAGCCCUCCAGAAAAGAAAACAUCUGCCAGCCCUCCACAAGAAAAAUCUGGGGAUGAAGGGUCUGAAGAUGAAGCCCAGUCUGGGGAUGAUUAAAAGUGAUGAUGGUUUGGGGAGAGAUUUUAUUAACAAAGAAAGAGGAGAACUUCCUUAAGAUAGAACAUGGUUUGGCUAUGGCUUGAAAGAUGGGCUUUGAAUGCUUGUUUCUAUUUGUUGAAGAUAACAUUUUCUCUCUCUCUCUCUCUCUUUGUUUUUUUUUUUAAAGAAAACCAUUGUAUGUGUAAGUUACUUUUUGGAUGUCCUCUUCUCUUGCCACCUACUCCCUACCCCACCCCCAGUCUCCAAUGAAAGCCAUGCCAAAUGAAUCAC